CAAUUUUUGCCUUUUUGACUUUUUGAAAACAUACAAAAUAUCUGUAUUAAUGUAAUUAUGCAAUUUCUUAGAAAAUUACCAGUGAAUCUACUUAAACGAAUUAAUUAUCGAUUCAUCGCUAAUAUCGAAGUACAAGGUCACGAUUACGAGAAAAACGAUCUUCCCCCGAAAUUUGUAAAAGUGUUGCCACCUUCUAAAUAUGGCGGUGAAUAUUUUGUAACCCUACUAACGGGUUCAUCGAUCAUCGGCAAGCAAGGUGCGCAUUUCAUCAAACAUUUAUUCGAGGUAGCUAAAGUUCCAGUGACGUUCGAAAAGAUUCAAUUGGGACCGGAUGAAAACCAGUAUCCCAUGGAAUAUCUACAGUCGGUGCAACGCAAUCGUCAUGCAAUACAUGUUGACUUACAGCACGAUCCCGACGAAAAACACAAACAACUGCUGCUCAACAACGAUCUGGAUUUGUAUGUGGGUAUAAUACAUGUGAAUUCGAUCGAGGGUUACAAAUGUAGAUACCCAGAUGUGGAUAUGACGGUAUUGAUGCAGAAUAAUGCAGGUAACUUCUCGAAAUUGGAAUACACACCAGUACCGGGUAUGGUGGAGACACUGAAAAUUGUGCAGCAACGAUAUAUUAAACGCUAUUUCAACUUUGUGUUCCAUUAUGCCAUUGAACAUCGCCAUGAGAAAGUCACUUUUGGUCACCAAGAAUUGGAAUUUCCACUCUCUGACGGAAUGUACAAUAAGAUUGCCUUGGAAAUGUAUAAUGAAAUGAAGCCGAAUUUUGAAUUUGAAUUAAUUCCGAUCCACGAUUUGGUGCGCAGUAUUGUGAUGAGACCUAAACGUUUCGACAUAAUCUGUACCACCGAUCGAUAUGGGACCUUUGUCGCAUCCAUAGCAAGUGCAGUUUGUGGGGGUGCCAGUUUGUUUAGUUCUACUGAGCGUGGCGACCAUCAUGCUGUUUUUAAGCCUCUGCAGACCCGCCUGUCCGUAACUACUUCCAAUGUGCUUAGUCCUUAUGGAAUUGUACGCGCUUGCAUUGAUUUAUUAAAAUAUUUGGGGGAAUUGGAUUGCGCCCAAGUACUUUACGAUGAACUAAUGACGACGAUGAUUUGUCGCGAUAUUAGAACGAGAGAGUUCGGUGGCUCAGACUCGGGCGAAUAUGUCAUUUGCGAUAUUGUUAAUCGAUUGAAAUGCAAACACUAUUGACCUGGAGCAAGUGCUUUUAUCGCACUCAGCUUAAACAUUU